AUGUCCAACUACGACAAGUACAAUGUUCUGCUCAUCUUUGAUGGUCUGGAUGAGUGCCGACUGCCCCUAGACUUCCAGAAGAACAAGAUCUGUUCAGCCAAUAAGAUCCCUUCAGGGUGUGUUGACCAAGUGACAGAAGUACGAGGGUUCAAUGACCCACAGAAGGAGGAGUACUUCAGGAAGAGAUUCAUCAAUCAGAAGCACUUACAAGGUCUACUGACAAAGACAAGAAGCAACUCACAGACCCAUGAAGAAACAGUCAAGUACAUCAAGAAUAAGAUCGGGGAGAAUCCCUCUCCAGAGAAGUGCAUCAAUCUGUUCCACUGUCUGAAUGAACUUAAUGACCAUUCUCUAGUGGAGGAGAUCCAAAGCUACCUGAGAUCAGGAAGUCUCUCAGAAGACAACCUGUCACCUGCACAGUGGUCAGCUCUGGUCUUUGUGUUGCUGACUUCAGAAAAGGAUCUGGAUGUGUUUGACCUGAAAAAAUACUCCAGAUCAGAGGAAGGUCUUCUGAGGCUGCUGCCAGUGGUCAAAGCCUCCAGAGCUGUUCUGCUGUCAGGCUGUGGAGUCACAGAGGAAGGCUGUGCUUAUCUGGUCUCAGUUCUUGAGUCAAACCCCUCACACCUGAGAGAGCUGGAUCUGAGUAACAAUGACCUGAAGGAUUCAGGAGUGAAGCUGCUCUCUGCUGGACUUGGGAAUCCCCACUGUAAACUGGAGACUCUGAGGCUGUCAGGCUGUCUAGUCACAGAGGAAGGCUGUGCUUCUCUGGUCUCAGCUCUGAGGUCAAACCCCUCACACCUGAGAGAGCUGGACCUGAGCUACAAUCACCCAGGAGACUCAGGAGUCAGACUGCUCUCUGCUGGACUGGAGGAUCCACACUGCAGACUGGAGAAUCUCAAUGUGGAACAUGGUGGAGAGAACACAAUGAAACCUGGGCUUAGAAAAUAUGUCUGUGAUCUCACACUGGACCUAAACACAGUAGACAGACGCCUCUCUCUGUCUGAGGAGAACAGGAAGGUGACACAUAGGAGACAGAAGCAGCCGUAUCCUGAUCACCCAGAGAGAUUUGAGGACUGGAAACAGGUGCUGUGUAGAGAGGGUCUGACUGGGCGCUGUUACUGGGAGGUAGAGAGGAGUGGGAGGGCUGAUAUAGGAGUGACAUAUAAAGGAAUCAGCAGGAGAGGAGGGGUUAAGGACUGUUGUCUUGGAUACAAUUACAAGUCCUGGAGUCUGUACUGCUAUGACAACAGUUACACAGCCUGGCACAAUAAUAAUUCCACUACCAUAGUCGUCCCCUCCUCCAGCUCCCACAGAGUAGGAGUGUAUCUGGACUGGUCAGCCGGCACUCUGUCCUUCUAUAGAGUCUCCUCUGACACACUGACCCACCUGUACACAUUCACCUCCACAUUCACUGAGCCCCUCUAUCCAGGGUUUAGGGUUUGUGAUGUUGACUCCUCAGUGUCUCUGGAAAUAAUAACUUGACACACACACACACACACACACACACACACACACACACACACACACACACACACACACACACACACACACACACUGAGACACACAAACUCACACACACAGACAGAGACAAACACACACACACACACUGAGACACACAAACACACACACUGGACACACACUGGAAACACACUGGAAACAAACAAACAUUGGACACACACACACAAACACACACACUGGACCAACACACACACACUGAACACACACACACUAGACACACUCACACAAACACACACUGGAAACACACACACACUGGAAACACACACACACUGGAAACACACUGGACAGACACACACACACACACACACACACUGAUUACACACUGGAUACACACACACAUACACUGAAUACACACACACUGGACACACACAGACACUGAACACACACACCCGACACAAACACACACAAACACUGGACACACACACACACUGAACACACACUUUGGACACACACACACACUGAACACACACACAGACACACACUGGACACACACACUGAAUACACACUGGACACACACGCACACUGAACACACACAAAACUGGACACACACACUGGACACACACACACACACAGGCACACACUGGACACACACACACACAGGCACACACUGGGCACACACACAUUGGAAACAGACACACACACACACUAGAAACACACUGGACACACACACACACACACAUACACACACACACACACACACACACACUGGUAACAAACACACAAACACACUGGAUAAAUGCACUGGACACACACACACUGGGCACACACACACCUACACAUUGGACACAAACACAAACACACACACUGGACACACACACACACAUGCACACUGGACACACACAAAUACACAUGCUGGACACACACACACACACACACACACA